AUGUUUGAGUCAAUUGCGAACGAGUUUCUUCAACGUACGCCAGUUAAAGAUUGGUCUAUUAUUUCUUUACUUAAAUAUAUCGAAUCUAAAAGUGAAUUAUCCGCUGAUAUGAUCGAGAUUCUGAGGGAAGAAAUAUAUUCAGUAUUACGGGGUUUUAAUGACGAUAUAAACAUAAACGUUCAUAGGAACGCGAAAAAAAGAGCGAAGAAACUCUUAUCAAACUUUGAUAAGUUGUUCUCUUCAGGUAACGUAAAUAAUUUUAUUGAGGAAUUAAAACUAAAAGAGGAAAGAAGGGAAUACUAUAUGGCAAUCCGUCGCAAAAUAAUAUCGGCAAACUCGUUACAAACAUUAGAGAAACAUCAUAUGACUAGAAGAUUAAUCGAUGAUUUGCGUGACGCAGAUGUGACUGCCUCCUCCGGUAAUACAAUCAAAUUCAUUUUACAUUAUCGUUAUGUAGCAAAGAAAGUUACAGUUGUAGACAAUCCUUUUUUAUUAUCAAAUGAAAAUAAAUCCAAUAAAUUUGAAAUAGUAACAGAAUCGAGAAAUUUAGAUAAGGAACACAACAAAAAAAAAUAUAAUAAGUGCACUACCUCUCCUGCCACGAACUAUCUUAAUGCAAUGGAACAGUCUUUGGAGUAUAACCGAAUUCACGUUCAAGUACCACCUAUGUGGACUAAAGUCGAGAGCUAUCUUGAGGAUGCUCUGAAGGCAAGUUCUCAUGGAUGUUGA